ACUUUAGUUUUCAUCGAUCGCGCGGCGACGGCGCUCUCACCCGGCGACCUCAACCAUUACGCAACCGUUGCUUGUUUCCUAGUGUUAAUGUGUACUCGGUGCUCUCCUCGACGACAUGUAAUCUUGUUGCCGAAAACAAACCUAAGUGGAGUUCGUAAAGGUCGAGCAGUUACGUGAGGAUGAUAUAACCAACUCGCAGUGUUAACCGAGUGAUAAUAUGUUGACUGUGUGUUUAACGAUUUUCGCGGCUGCCUCAAUACUAAAGUUGUGAAACGCUCAUCGUAACGCCUUAACUUCACCACUUUUGAGAUGAAAAGGGAAAAUACAAUAAAAUUCUUUUCGCAAAUCGGCUGGGUGAGCGAUGAAGGGGUGGUUUGACGCUUUCCGCGAGGAAGGCGGUCCGACUCUGUAUGCUUACCAUAACCGCACCGCAGUCGCAGCAGACGUCCCAGCCUUGGCGCUUAUCGUUGGCGCGGUGACUCUCUACAUAGCGUUUCUGGCUAUUUUUCCAGGUGUCAGGAAGGAGAGAUUUUCAACAUUCGUGAUAGUCACACUGAGUUUGUUCGUCGGCACAGUUAUACUUGUAUGUAAACACGGAUCUUCGUGGCACGUGGCCGGUACGCGCAUCGCGCGAGCAGCCUACCGCGCGUUUUCCGCGGAGCGCAUCGACUGUUGGCUGGCCAUACACGUGGGUUUGGGACAUGUCAACGUCACCCUCUCAGCCCUUCCGUGGGACAAUCUGACUAAAGGGGACCCCGGCGUAGACUACAACGAACAGUUUCAAUGGGAAGAAGCCGGUGCUAUACAGGAGUGGUACCGAGCUGGCUUAUUUCGUGGUCUUCCAUACCCCUUGCUCUCGGUGGCUGAACAUUUUGCCGUGGAGCACGAAGGGUUCGAAUGGGGGGCGAAGUACCGGGCGGCGGGCUACACAACCACAACGCUCCUUUGGACGGCAUUUGCGUUAUGGCUGGUGAUGAACCUCCUCCUUGUGGUUGUGCCACGAUAUGGGGCUUAUGCUAUGACCGUUCUCGGAGUGACCCUUUGUGCUGCUUCAGGCGGCUACUGGGCGUCAUUACCCCAAGAUCCUCUAGUUGUGAGGUUGGAUGGUGCCAUGCUAUUAUUUUCUAUGGGAUGGUGCUUUUGGCUAGUCCUUAUGGCAGGAUGCAUUUGUCUAGUUGUAGGAUUAUUCAUAUCUGCAUUGGAUCUGGCUUGGCCGCACAGAUUUUCUACGAUAUUAGAAGUUGACUACGACACUCCUUAUGAUCGUCAUGUUCUCAUUGUGGAUAGCCGCCAGAGGGCACGACCUCAAGCCCAAGCUUCGUUACCUAGUAGAAUAUUAAGGAGGCUAUCCUCAAAGACCCGCGACACAGAGCGACAGGUAUCGAUGUCCAUAGUGAACGAGAGUCGAGAGCGAGGCAGAGACAACCCCGCCUUCCAUCACGAGAUACGGAAACCUAACUCUCCCUGGAGGUAUCCUCUCUUCAGACGGCAAAUUGACCGUGUGGAUUCAGCUUCAAGCAUAGGUUCUAGCAUAAACGGUAAUAAUUCUGGGAUCAAAAUGUCACCUUUAGCAACACAAGCAAUUCCAACUCACAGAUAUAGACCACAGAUACCAGCAGCAGAACGUGUUAAGGACAUGUGGUGAUGGCGGAUUCAUAGGUUAACCGUCAGUCAGAGUUGAGAUUUAGCGCAGUUUUUAACAUAAAUUUGUAAAUAUGUACAUUUCAUAAGAAUUAGUUAAUGGACUGGACAUGUUUAACCAGUGUCUUUAUUAUUUUAUCAUUAUAAUUGGAUUCGGGUGGCAAAAGCGCCUAACGCAUAUUGGGAAAAUUACUGAGCAAGUGUUUAUUUAUUAUUGCAUAUCUUGGUAUUCCUAUAAAUAAGUUAUUACGACACAAGUGAAUACUUUGUGCCAUGUUAAAGACUAUAUUUCUAUUACAUUUCAUACACUGUGGCUUUCUAGUCGUUUUUGAAACGGAAUAAAAUUGUUCAAAAUUAAUUUUAGUUUCAAUAAAUGUAAGUCGGAUUUUCUUUUCUGCACUUUUUGAUACUUGGAUCGUAGAAAUAAUCGUAUCCAUCUUAAACGGAUCUCCUUAGGAUUACAGAUAGGGAGCUUAAAUGCAUUUUUAUUAAUUGUAAAAUUAAUUGAAAUUGCUCGUAAUAAUAGUAUGAAAGGUCGAAUAGUCGAACUAAACAAAUUUUGUCAAAAAAAUUACAAUUUUUAUAAAAAAUAAAAUUUGUGAAAAAUCUAUCGUAAUUCUAAUUCUUCUUCAAAGAGAAGGCAAAAUGUUCAUUUCCAAAACGAUUAUUAUGGCUCGGUGUAUUCGUAUGAUAGCUGUAUUUGAUUAUUAAUUUAACGAAAUAUUUCAGCAGGCUUCAUAAAUUUAUAAUAAUCAUUUUAACCACAAAUGUUAUCUAUACUGCGAUACGUAUAAUACUUGUUUUAAGAGAAAAUAUGUGAAUCUAAACUUGUACAAUAACAACUCUUAACAUAAGGAUAGUUUUAAUUAAGCCUUAAAAGUCAUUUAUUGUAAGCAUGACGUAGAUAUAAGUUAUUUAUUCUCGAACAGUUAUGUACCCACAGAAUUAUAAAGUGUCUUGUACAAGAUUUCAAAGCCUCGAUAUUAAUGUGCUAAAAUAAAAUAGGUUUUAUUUAGGAAAGGCAAGAAACUGUGAUCAAAAACUUUAUUUAUUGUGACAUAAAAAUACAUCUCUGCAACGCAA